AUGGACUACUACGCUGUAGAAGAAGACCUAGUAGUGAAUCUUCUUCGAAUCGACUAUGCUGUAGAACUAGGCCGCUGUGACACCGCCACUAAUAAAUGUAGACAUGGACUACUACGCUGUAGAAGAAGACCUAGUAGUGAAUCUUCUUCGAAUCGACUAUGCUGUAGAACUAGGAAACGAGACGACAACGAAUUCGAUAUCUUAGCGAAAAAGAGAAAAGAAGAUCAACCUGAAGGCAGCCCAGUCAAUCAUUUACAAAUUGAUGCUGAAGAUCAGUUAGACAAACUCAAUAAUCAGAUAAACCAAGCUUUAGAAAAUUUCCUUGAAGACAAUGCUAGUAGAAGUAACUUGACUGCCCUGAAUGUGAAAAGUAUUAUACGUAAUGUAAUUGCUGAUGAAAGGGUUGUGAAAUAUGUCCAACAAGCAACCGCUGAUAACGGAUCAAAUGCUACAAAGCCUCUUUCAGAAUGUCCAAAAUUAACCCGCUCAAAAUUGAAAGAAUACCUAAGGAGAUCCUCUUCACCGGAAAUAUUGAAACAAUAUCCAGCUGCUGUUAUGCUUGCGAAAGAAAUUGAUAUUUUGAAACCGAUGAUCGAUUUUAAUGAAUGGCCUGAUAGCUCUUCUGACGAGGAUUAUAAACCAGAUCGAGUCUCAGUCGAAGAUGAUGAAAAUUAUGGUGGCGAUAGUAGUGAUGAAGAAAUGGAAGAUUCCUCGCAGAAAUUGUGCGAUUCCUAUAAUAUGCCAUUAUAUCAAAUUAUAUUGUAUCAAAUCAUUAUUAUAAGCUGUAGUUAA